AUGGAGGCUCUUAAUCUAACUCAUCUCUCUCAAUCCCUUCACAAAUCUUCUUCCACCAUAUCAAAAACCUCACCGCGUUUCACGAAGGAACCACUACCAUCUCCGAUAACAACACCGACAAAUCCACCACCUUCUCAAGCACCGCCUUCUCAAGCACCACCUUCUCAAGCACCACCUUCUCAAGCGACAACAUCGCUAGCUGUGCAAACGAUAGAACCACAUCUUUCUCCGGUGACAACAACACCAACUACUGUGCAAGCGACAGAAGCAACACCUUCUCAAGUGACAACACCAAGAUCAGUGCAAGAGACAGAAACAACACAUUUCCAAGAGACAUCCUCUCACUCUGAAGAUGUGGUAGAAGAUGAGCCAGAAAUUUCUCAAAAAAGGAAUUUUACAUUUUGGGAUGUAGAAGUCAUUAAUGAGGCGGGACAUAUUUCAAAGACACACUUAAGGGUAUCAGACGUGCUUGAAGCUCCUCCUAAUGUUAGCAGAAUAAUAACUAGAUGGAAUUCAAAUGGGCAACCGGUAGGAUCAGCUGCUGGUUUGUUAGGCGGUUUUUUGGGUGAAAUUGCAAGGAAGUUUAAGGAUUUUCCUAUAAUGUACGACAAUUGGAAACUAGUUCCAUCGACAAGAAAAAAUGAAAUUUUUAAGGAUAAAAUACAGGUAUCAAUUAUAAACAACUGAAUAUUCUUUAUUGUU